AUGAACUCGAAGCAGUCAAAUGUGUUUGAUUUCUCGAUCAGGUCGACUGUUGAUGAUAUUAUGAAUGGAUACAAUGGAACUGUAUUUGCGUACGGCCAGACAGGAGCGGGAAAGUCAUACACGAUGAUGGGAUCCGACAUCGAUGACCCCGAUGGCAAGGGAAUCAUACCUCGUAUAGUCGAGCAGAUCUUCACCAGCAUCCUGACCAGCCCUGGCAACAUUGAAUACACCGUGCGUGUCAGUUACAUGGAGAUAUAUAUGGAACGGAUAAGAGACUUGUUGGUGCCGCAAAACGAUAACCUACCCGUUCACGAGGAGAAAUCAAGGGGCGUCUACGUCAAGGGCUUGCUUGAAAUAUACGUGUCCAGUGUACAGGAGGUGUUUGAGGUGAUGAGAAGGGGUGAUACCUCGAGAGCAGUUGCGGCAACGAAUAUGAAUCAGGAAUCGUCUCGCUCGCACUCGAUAUUUGUCAUCACCAUCACUCAGAAGAAUGUCGAGACUGGAUCUGCCAAGAGCGGUCAGCUUUUCCUUGUCGAUCUUGCUGGCAGUGAAAAGGUGGGCAAAACCGGCGCCAGUGGACAGACCCUCGAAGAAGCGAAGAAAAUUAACAAGAGUUUGAGUGCACUGGGCAUGGUCAUCAACGCUCUCACUGACGGCAAAUCUACUCACAUUCCAUACCGAGAUUCGAAGCUCACUAGAAUUCUGCAAGAAAGUCUGGGAGGUAACUCCCGAACGACACUGAUAAUUAACUGCUCUCCCAGUAGCUACAACGAUGCGGAAACGCUUAGCACUCUUCGAUUCGGUGGACGAGCAAAGGCCAUCAAGAACAAGGCGAAGAUUAACCAGGAAUUGAGUCCAGCAGAGCUCAAGCACCUUCUCAAGAAGGCUCAGAGCCAGGUAACUACUUUCGAAACCUACAUAUCUGCUCUAGAGAACGAAGUGCAAGUCUGGCGAACUGGAGAAAACCUUUCAAAAGAGAAAUGGACCACCUUGCGAUCGACAGAUACGGUGGGAAACCUCAAGGCCGAUGCCCGUACUCCCCGUCCAGGAACUCCAUCCCGACUGCAGUCUGAUAUGUCUCGAUCAGAGACCCCAAGCCGGCCAGAAUCGAGAUUUGGAGAACGAUCUAGCACACCAAGUAUUGUCCUGGAACGAGACGAGCGGGAGGAAUUUUUGAGGCGAGAGAACGAACUGCAGGAUCAGCUCGCAGAAAAGGAAACGUACAUCGCCAACGCAGAGAAGGAAGUCCAAGAGAAAAAGGAGGAGCUUAAGAUACUCAAGGAGAAUGCUGUCCGAACCGGUAAAGACAACGAGAAACUGAACGCGGAGGUCAACGAGCUGCGCAUGCAGCUGGAGAAAGUAUCAUAUGAAAGCAAGGAGCAAGCCAUCACCAUGGAUACCCUGAAGGAAGCCAACUCCGAGCUUACAGCUGAACUGGACGACCUCAAGCAACAGCUUCUUGACGUGCGCAUGCGUGCCAAGGAGACGAGCGCAGCCUUGGACGAGAAAGACAAAAAGAAGGCAGAACGGAUGGCUAAGAUGAUGGCCGGGUUUGACAUGAAGGUGGACGUGUUCUCCGAGAACGAGCGCAAGAUAAGGAACUUGAUCGAGCGUGUAGACAGUCUGCAUGCAACCAGCUCUGCAGGCGAAGCGGUCUCCCCAGAGGAGUUUGUUGAGUUACGGGGAAGCUUGGUGGAAGCCCAGGGGGUAAUCAGACAAGCUGAGCUCGCCAUGACCAGCCGUGAAGAAGGCUUCAACGGGGCUUUUGACGGAAAGCUGUUAGAUAAGAUAGCUGCGCUUCAGCAAGAAGUCGACGAUCUUCUCGAACAGAAUCUUGGGGAGGCGGAUAUCUCAGAAAUCAAGGAAAAACUCAGCCAGGCAUACUCUGAAGGCAACGAGCUGGAGAAGAUGGCCGUGGAGCAUCUCAGACGUGAGCUCUAUCUCAGAGAUGAAGAGCUUACCCGCCUGAGACAGUCUGUCGCCGACUCUACAGCGCGCUCUCAGCCCAAUGGAUCCUCUGCCAGUGCAGGAGGAAGUGCGACCAUCAACAGCAAGACCCUGCAGCAGCAGAUUGCUGAUUUUGACAUCAUGAAGAAAUCUCUUAUGCGCGACUUGCAGAACCGGUGUGAACGGGUAGUUGAACUUGAAAUAUCGCUAGAUGAGACCCGUGAGCAGUACAAACAAGUCCUGCAGUCGUCCAACAACCGUGCCCAGCAGAAGAAGAUGGCAUUUUUGGAGCGCAAUCUCGAGCAGUUGACCCAUGUACAACGCCAACUGGUGGAACAGAACGGCAGCCUCAAGCGGGAGGUCGCCAUUGCCGAGCGGAAGUUGAUAGCCAGAAAUGAACGAAUCGAGAGCCUGGAGACCCUUCUCCAGGAAAGCCAGGAAAAGCUAACGGCUGCCAACCACAGGUUCGAAGCGCAGCUCACAGCCGUUAAGGAACGCCUGGAAGCCGCCAAAGCUGGCUCUACCAAAGGCCUUUCCUCCGACUCUGCUGGUUUCGGUUUUGGAGGCUCGAGGAUAGCGAAACCGCUUCGUGGUGGCGGUGGUGCGGACGCACCAUCCAAUUCCACCCUGUCCGGUGUCCAGGCACAGGAUUCCUCGACAAAUGCCGGCCCAAAACGUACCAGCUGGUUCUUUGACAGACGAUAA